GCAGUACUUAAGCCAUUGGCGCGCUCUUCACACCCAAGCUGUUGUGCUUUAGCGGGUUGUUAAGAGGAGUCUGUGUUUAUCGUGCAAUUUUCGUGAAAACAUGAGCUCCAUCAGAAGACCCAAGCAUGCAGAGAAUCCCUCUGAAAACAUCAAGAAGUUCCUUGUAGUACCAACAUCUGGAUCAGGGAGGAGGACGCUGCAGGUCCUUCAGCCGUCUGCUGUCAAUAAGAAACUUGGGCGUAUCAUUGAGAAUGGCAAAGCGGUUCCAAAGAGAAAGAUGUGGAGUGCUGAGCAGGCGAAGGGCUCCAAGAGGGUCAAAGCAGAGGUGGCUGUAAAAUCCACAAGUCCAGAGGAUGAAAACCAGCCUGAGGGGGUCACUCAAGAGGCCUAUGAGCUCAUGAUCAGAGGUAAAUGAGCCCUGUCCAGUUUGGAGAACUGGAAGGAGGUGGCAGAAGAGAGGCGGAAAGCCCUGUUCAGUGUUCUCCAAGAGAAUGAAAAGUUGCACAAAGACAUUGACUCCAAAGAUGAACUGAUUGCUCAGCUGACGAGUGAAAAUGAGGAGUUACAGGAGCUGGCACAGCAUGUACAACACAUGGCUGAUAUGAUCGAAAGAUUAACCGGCAAGAGUCCAGACAGUCUAGAGGAGCUGCGUGAAAUAGCCUUUGAUUCUGAAGACGAGGAGGAAGAACAACAGGAAGAAUAUCCGGAGGAACAACAUAGAGAUGAGAGCGACGCUGAUGAGAGCCAGGACCAUGUUGAACUGAGCACAGAACAGUCGCAUGACCAUAAUGUGCCACAAGGAUAAAACCACAACAGAAGAGAGUUGAAAUUAUGCCACAUGAAAAAUAAUGAACUGAAAAGAACCAUUAUGGACUCCCCAUAAGUUUCUUUGCCUUUGAGAACACAUGCACCUUUGUUUUAAUACUUUUACCCUUGCUGUAAAUGAGCUUUCAUUUUCAGUACCUGUAGUUAAUGUGCAUGUUCACUGCCAGUGUACAAAUGUAAAAUUGAAUGCAUACAAUGGAAAUAAACUCAUAUUUUGUACA